GGCGCGCUUAGGGCUCAUUGGCUGGGAGCGCGAGUGUGGGCCGAGGGGCGCGCGCGGCGGUGGCGGCCAUGGAGGGGACCAGCGCCGGCUUCCGGAAGGAGCUGGUGAGCAAGCUGCUGCACCUGCACUUCAAGGACGACAAGACCAAAGUCAGCGGGGAUGCACUGCUGCUCAUAGCCCAGCUGCUCAAGGUCUUCGUCGUAGAGGCGACCGUCCGCAGCAUCCGGCAGGCCCAGGCCGAGGACCUGCCCUGUGUGGAUGUGGAGCAGCUGGAGAAGGUGCUGCCGCAGCUGCUUCUGGACUUCUAGGCGCCCACUGCAGAGGCCACCUGUCCGGCUCCCGACCCAGCCCAGCACCCGUGUCUGUGGCCUCUGGCUGCUGCUCCGAGACGCUCGUCUGGCCCAGCACUGGGGGGACAGCACAUGCACUGUCGUCCCUCGGGGCUGUCUGUCCUGCUCACGGCCUGGCCGCAGCUGUGGGGCCGCUGUGUGGGGACCAGGCUGUGGCCGGCAGACAGCGGCUGCACAGCCCUGCAUGACAUCAGAGCUGGUGGCCCUCCUCCCGUAUGCUGCUCCCAAACGCCUCCCGAGCUGUAAGCCUGUUCUCACAGCAACGGCAAUAAAUCAGGCCCUUCUCCCAG